AUGGACAAUCUCAGCAGCAAGCAUGCGGAUGUUUGGUCCUGUGGUGUGACUCUUUGUGUGAUGCUGGUUGGAGGUUACCCGUUUGAAGACCCCGAUGAUCCGAGAAACUUCAGGAAAACAAUCCAACGUAUAAUGGCUGUCCAGUACAAGAUCCCGGAUUACGUUCACAUAUCGCAGGAGUGCAAACACCUUCUCUCUCGCAUAUUUGUCACUAAUUCAGCUAAGAGAAUCACACUUAAAGAGAUCAAGAAGCAUCCAUGGUACUUAAAGAACUUGCCAAAGGAGCUUACAGAGUCUGCUCAAGCGGCGUACUACAAGAGAGAAACCCCGAGCUUUUCCCUCCAAAGCGUAGAGGACAUAAUGAAGAUCAUUGAAGAAGCAAGGAGUCCAGCUCCGUCUUCUAAUGCCGUUAAGGGCUUUGAUGAAGAUGAAGAAGAUGUGGAGGACGAGGUGGAAGAAGAAGAGGAAGAGAAAGAGGAAGAGGAGGAGGAGGAGGAAGAAGAUGAAUACGAGAAGCAUGUCAAAGAGGCGCAUUCUUGCCAAGAUCCCCCCAAAGCUUAAGAAACUCUCACUCUGUUGUUUAAUAUUCAAUCUCCUUGUAUCUUUACGUUUAUGUGAAUUCCAAGUUUUAAAAUUUUAUCUACGCAA